UACGUUUACAUUCUGUUCUCGACGUCGCGUUCAUUGUGGGGAGCCAUUACCCUUGUCCGCGCUAAAGCAUCGUGCCAUAUUCCCAUUCGCACCCUAAAACUAACAGCAUUCUAGUAGUUUUAAGUGAAAUAUUAUGAGAGUGAAGACCGAAAUGGACGACGACGAAAAGGGAAAACUCUUUGUUGGAGGAUUGUCUUGGGAGACAACGCAAGAAAAUCUGCAACGUUACUUCGGUCGUUAUGGCGAAGUAAUUGAUUGUGUUGUUAUGAAAAAUAGUGAAUCUGGACGUAGUCGUGGAUUUGGAUUCGUUACAUUUAGCGAUCCUGCUAAUGUUCCUUUGGUUCUUCAAAAUGGACCACAUCAACUUGAUGGACGUACAAUUGAUCCAAAGCCAUGUAAUCCACGUACCCUACAAAAACCAAAACGCAGUGGUGGUUUUCCAAAAGUUUUUCUUGGCGGCCUUCCAAGUAAUGUGACAGAAACUGAUUUAAGGUCUUUCUUUACUCGAUUUGGGAAGGUUAUGGAAGUUGUCAUUAUGUAUGAUCAAGAAAAAAAGAAAUCGAGAGGAUUCGGCUUUCUCAGUUUUGAGGAUGAAGAUGCUGUGGACCGAUGCGUAGCGGAGCAUUUUGUCAGCUUAAAUGGAAAACAGGUUGAAAUUAAACGUGCUGAACCACGAGAUUCUUCAAGUAAAAUGAAUGAUAGUCAUCAAGGUCAAUGGGGUCCACCUCAACAAGGUGGGCCGCCAAUGGGUAUGGCUGGGAAUAUGGGACCUAUGGGUGGUCCGAAUGGUCAGAUGGGUGGACCUAUGAUGGGUGGUCCUAUGGGACCUCCUGGAAAUAUGAUGCAACAAUAUCAAGGUUGGGGUACAAGUCCUCAAACUGGUGGAUAUGCUGGAUACAGUACCCAGUAUAAUACUCAAGGAUGGGGUGCACCACCAGGACCACCACAACAACAGCAAAUCCCACCACCGCCACCGCAUCAAUGGGGUAGCAGUUAUAAUGUCCAGCCUGCAGCAGCAACUCAAGGUUAUGGAAGCUAUGGUGGGCCGGCGGCGGCCGCUUCAGGGGGCUACGGGCCCACGGCGGGUACUGGCGGGGCUGCGGGGGGCGGGCCCGGGGGUUCUUGGAACUCCUGGAACAUGCCACAGAAUGGGCCCCCUCCUGGGACCCAGCCACCACCCCAGCCCCCUCAACCCAACUCCUCGCAGCCCAACUCCAACUCGAACCCCUCUGGCCCGCAGGGUGAUAUGUAUUCACGACAAACUACCGGCUCAGGUGCACCUGGAACUAGUAGCAGUUCGGCUAAAACACCGGAUUACAGUGGCUAUUCCGCAUAUGGUAAUUAUGCUGAUACCACGUAUCCUCAACAACGUUCAUAUACGGGAGGAGAAAGCAACCAAGGCACCGGAUACGGAUCUUCGAGCCUAGCGAGUGUUCCUGCUGCACCAGGAACGAACGACAGCUACAGUGGGGGUGGACCCCAAAGGGGUUACUCAGGCACUUCGUCCAGCUUCAACAAUUACCAUCCCUACCGUCGCUAAGAAGGAUAAGACAAAUUAUGCCUCGCUUUUGAAAAAUAAGGAUUUUCUUCUUUUCUUCUUCUUCUUCUUCUGCUUCUACUACUUCUACUACAACUACUACUACCAUCAACAUCAGAACUAUUACUUCUGAUACUACUAUCACUGCUUCUACGCUUCUUCUUUAUUGAAUGAUCGAUCGUCAGUAAUAAGUGCAUGCGCGCGCAAACACAUUGUUUUUUGAAAUUUUUUGAUGAAGAAGACAAACUUCUGAGUAUCCUCAUACCUUCCCAAUGAUUACAACUGGACAUUAUCUUCAUUUCACAGCCAGUGAACAAGAAGACUUUUUUGCGAUCUUCCAUACGUCCUACUUUAUUUCCUCUUUUACUUCUUUUUUUUUUUCCUUUUAUUUCGUACUUCAAUCUGAAGAUCCGAUACAUGCGGUUUAAAUAGCUUAGCAAAGCUAUCGCAUUCUCGUAGUAAUAUACGUCCUGUUCUUUCGAAGUAAGGAUAAAAAAGGACAACAAAUUAAUUAUGAAAAUUGCGAUCCACGUAUAUCUGAGGGUCGACAAGAUGAGAGAAAUAGACAAUGAUAUGGGAAAAAGCUAUUCUUUUUCUUCCAAUGAAGAAGAUUCUUCAAGAAUCGAAAGAGAUGUAUUAAACCAUUUUAUAGUAAUGACAAAAAGACAAAGAAAACUACUAUUGAUAGAAAGAGAAAAAAGGAAAUGCACAAGGAGAAAAGAAACCCUGAUAAAAAUGCGUAAGAAGUUCGACUCUGACGACACGAGUAUAAUCACUAUCUCUUUUCCAUGCCUUCUCCCUCUUCAUCUUAGAUUUUUAUUUUCAUUCCUUUUUAUAGAUUAUAAAAGUGUCAAGUUUGUUAGCAUGUUCUUGCGUGCGUGCGUGCGUGCCUGCGAGCAACUGUUCUCCGGAAGCCAUCUUUUUUGAAACUUCGGGCAGUGAAAAAAUGAAGAAAGACGAUAGGCUGAUGUUGAUCGACGUUAAAAAUCCCUGUUCUAAGGUGGUAUCUGGGCAAGAUGUUUAUCAAAUGUCCAUCUUGGAACGAUCCAUGCGAGCACGAGGAUUCUGAUGAAUGAUUACUAUUACAUAUUAUAUGUUAUAUAUAUAUAUAUAUAUAUAUAUAUAUAUAUAUAUAUAUAGUGAGGUCGACGAAAGAAAAAAGUAAGGAUUUCGCGUGAUUGUUUAAUAUUAAGUUUAGGAUAAGUGUUUUAUGCCGAUAAUAUGAUAAAUAUUAAUAUUAAUAAUGCGCGUGCAAAUGUUUGUGUGCGUACGAGUGUAUGUCCACUGAUACACGCAAGGACACAUAGGAAGACAUUUAAAAAUAGAAAUAAUGUAGAAAUAAGAAGGAUAACGACAUUAUGAAAGGAAACGAUCUUUUGCGAUCUGUCGCGACAUUUCUGCAUUUGAAUCUCUCUCUCUCUCUCUCUCUCUCUCUCUCUCUCUCUCUCUCUCUCUCUCUCUCUCUCUCUCUCUUUUUCUCCCUUUCCCUCUAUCUAUCUCUCCAUUUCACUUCUUCUUUGACUCUCUUCUUCUUUGAGAAAACAAAUAUUUUCUAUUGAUUGAAAUAGAGAAGAUUUCAUCAGAAUUUUUGUUCGUACUGAAAUUAAUGAAAUCUAUUUUCAAAAA